AUGAUUUACGUCCAAGGAAACGACCAAGAUUAUCAAAACUGGGUGGACUUAGGUAAUCCUGAGUGGAGUGUCGAAGAAGUCCGUCGAUGCUUCAGGAAAGCAGAAAGUUUUCAAAAUGUAGAGCUAUUACAGAAUCCGGAGAUAAGCAAUCAUUACGGUCACGAUGGACACUUGGUUAUAAACACAUUUAACUCUACUUAUGAAUCUCUCAUCGAAAAAAUGUAUUCGGCUUGGGACGAAAUAGGGAUAAAAAAUGUACCCGAUAUCAAUGUCGCAAACGCUUUAGGAUCAGGGUUUUGGAGGGCCACGGCUGCAAACGGAGAAAGGCAGAGCCACAACAAAGCAUAUUUGAAUCCCAUUCUUCACAGAAGUAAUCUAAAGAUUCUUAAAAACAGUUUGGUGACAAAAUUGUUGAUAAAUAAUCGUACAAAAACUGCUUACGGUGUGCAGGUAGAACGAAACUCCAAGAAGUAUUGCUUUCAUGCUAGAAAGGAAGUUAUCCUCAGUGCUGGUACUAUAAAUUCGCCGCAAGUUCUUAUGCUGUCCGGAGUUGGGCCUAAAGAACACCUAGUUUCAAAAAAGAUCUCUGUUGUAGUAGAUUCUCCGAUGGUUGGACAAAAUUUGCAAGACCAUUGUUUGAUACCUAUCAUCAUUUAUGCUGAUACUCCCGGUGAACAGAACGUAGCCGAACAACAAUUUGACGUCAUCCGGUACCUUUACAACCAUACUGGACACUUGGCACAUUAUCCCGCUGCAAACAUUGUAGCAUUUUAUUCUGAUAAGCCGAAUGCUACUUACCCUGAUUUUCAAAGCCACCAUUCAAUUACUUAUCGGAAUAGUUCUACUGUUCAGUCAGUUUGGAAAAAUCGCUUCAGGUACAAAGAUCAAGUGAUUAGACCAAUAAUAGAAAUGAAUAAGAAGUACGCAUUUUACCAAAUGAAUUUUAUCCUACUACACCCCUACUCUAAAGGUAAUAUUGCUUUGAGAUCCAACAACCCACGAGAGCAUCCAAUUAUCAACCCCAACUAUUUCAUUGAUCCCAGAGAUUUGGAAGCAGCCGCUACUGGAAUCAAAAUCCUUACUAAAGUAGUAAACACUACAGCUUUCAAAGAAAUUAAUGGCUUUUUAGGAAGAUAUGAAUGGGCACCGUGUAAUGAUUAUGAAUUAGACAGUAGAGAUUAUUGGAAGUGCAUUUGUACCGAGAUGGUACUUACAAUAUAUCAUCCUGUAGGAACGUGUCAGAUGGGACCAGAUCCGAAAACAUCAGUGGUCAACAGUCGUUUGAAAGUCCAUGGAGUUCGUAACCUUCGUGUAAUAGAUGCUAGUGUUAUGCCAACGCCGACCAGUGGUAAUACAAACGGUCCAACUGGGAUGAUUGGAGAAAGAGGAGCAGAAUUAAUUCUGGAAGACUACAAGAAAUUGUGA